AGAAACAGCGCGAGCUCCGCCCGCUGCGUUUGCCGUCCCCAACUUUCCAAAGGGUAUUUCCGGUUCCGGCUGCCGGCUGGGGAAGACAUGGCGGUGUCUGCGUCGGCACCUGCAGGGGAGGAAGACUGGGUUCUUCCCUCUGAAGUUGAAGUGUUAGAGUCCAUCUAUCUGGAUGAACUACAGGUGAUUAAAGGAAAUGGCAGAUCUUCACCAUGGGAGAUCUUCAUCACUCUGCACCCUGCCACUGCAGAGGACCAGGAUUCGCAGUAUGUCUGCUUCACUCUGGUGCUUCAAGUCCCAGUGCAGUAUCCCCAUGAGGUGCCAGGGAUCUCUAUCCGGAACCCCCGAGGACUCUCAGAUGAACAGAUUCACAAGAUCUCACAGACACUGGGUCACAUGGCCAAGGCAGGGCUGGGUACUGCCAUGCUCUAUGAACUCAUUGAGAAAGGGAAGGAAAUUCUCACAGACAACAACAUCCCCCACGGCCAGUGCGUCAUCUGCCUCUAUGGUUUCCAGGAGAAGGAAGCCUUUACCAAAACGCUGUGUUACCACUAUUUCCACUGCCACUGCCUUGCUCGGUAUAUCCAGCAUAUGGAGCAAGAGCUGAAAGCUCAAGAAGAAGAGCAAGAACAGGAACGGCACCAUGCUGCCACCAAAGAGACGGCAAUCGGUGUGCAGUGUCCAGUAUGCAGAGAGCCACUCGUGUAUGAUCUUGAGUCACUGAAAGCAGCCCCUGAACCCCAGCAGCCCAUGGAGCUGUAUCAACCCAGUGCAGAAAGCUUGCGCCAGCAGGAGGAGCUCAAGCGACUCUACCAGAAGCAACAGGCGCGGGGCGGCAUCAUUGACCUUGAGGCCGAGCGGAAGCGGUAUUUCAUCAGCCUUCAGCAGGCUUCUGCCCCUCUGGAACCCGAGGCAGCUGUAGAUGUCUCCAGAGGAUCCCACCCACCACCUAAUGCCCUUGCCACAGAACAGUCUACUUUCCCAGCUGCCCAGCCCACCCUGCCAGUCCCUUUGCCUGUGGCCACCCAGUACACAUGUGAAAAGAAACCAGGGACUGGGCCAAAUCAGCAGAAGUUGGGUGAGAACAAAAAAGCCAUGCUAGAUCCACCCCGGGCCAGUCAAGGGCCCUGGCGACAGCCCAGUCAGAGGCACCUAAAGGGAGGGGAGUUCUCUGUUCUCAGAGGUACCAGUGACACCCAAGAACUGCCACUUCCUGAGAGGCCCCUCAAGGAGCCUGUCGACCUUAAUCUGGAAUCACAGAAUCCAGUGGUUGAAGGUUCCACCCAAGAAAAAGGACCUGGCGGCUGGCAGGGCCCUCCACCCCACAGGACGAGAGACUGCACUCGCUGGGGGCGCUCUAAAGGCCGGACACCAGGCUCUUCCUACCCCCGCCUGCCUCGGGGCCAGGGAGCAUACCGGCCUGGCACUCGGUCUGCUCCUCGGAGGGAACCACUAGGUCUGGAAUCUGAGGAUGGUUCCUAGCAGUACUGUAGGGGGGACAGGGAGUUGGGGCUGGGAGGGGGACAAUAAAGACAUUUGGCCUUGUUUGCCUUUCUUUGCUUAGUAGUUCCUAGCUUGUGAGGUUUGUCCCUCUUUUUGCAUUGGCAUGAUUGGGGUAUGGCAGAGUAACCCCCUUUCAUCCUUUAGUCCAUUCCCCCAAGUGAUCAAGGCAAAAAGGGCUUUGACUUUUCCAGUAGUGUAAUGAGUUUCUGGAAAAACAGGUGGGAGGCUGAUGAAACAACAUAAUCCUUAAAGAGGCAAAAGUGUAGAGCCCAGUGGGUGUAUCCUCACAUUUAUACACUUCUUUUACUUGGUGGAUUGAACUCAAGGCCUUUGCAGUUGGCUGCGUCCCUGACACCCUGCUUCCAAACCCUCAGCUUCUUUUUUUGAGAAAGUGUUCCACUGAGUUGCCCAGGCAAACCUUGAAGUUGGCAUUCUCUUGACUCAGCCUCCCAGAGUGCUGGGAUUACAGGCGUACAUCUCCAUACCUGGCUGCACAUGUUUCUAAGGUGCCAUUAGACACCUUCAGUCUAGGGUCUCUUCCUCCCCUCUGCCACAGGCUGUGCCAUCAUCUGUACAGGUGGUGGCAUGACUGACCCUUCUCACCAUCUGUGAUUGCAGCCUCUGCAGUCACAGCACAGCAAGGGAAGAAGGGAAGUCAGACCAAGGCAGAGUGGCAAGUAUUUAUUGAUUUCUUCAGAAAGGAGAGCUGAGCAUGGCCUGGCCAUUUACCUCAGGGACUCAGCAUUAUGAAUUGCCCCUGCAGGGUCAUUUUUAUACAGCAUGAAGUAGCCCUGCACCUGGGCAGGACUAAUCUGGGUUGUAGCUUGAAGGACACGUUCUGCAAAAGUCUCAGCCAAGGAAGGUGCUUGCCCCGGAUAGAACCUCUGGAACAUCUGUACCAGCUGCCAGUGUGAGCAGUAGCCCACGUACUCCUUCAUAUCUACUCGCCCAGGGCGUAUCAGGGCAGGGUCCAGCCUAGGAGGAGAAAUACAGUUACAAGCAACAGCCCCGAUGGCACCCCCCAAAACAAUGAUCACUUCUACCUCCUGAUACUCCCAAGAUGCAAAGCGACUGGAGUCUUGCCUCACUCCUUACCUGUCAACAUGGUUCGUGGUCAUGAACACAAUGCGUGCCUCGGUAGACGCCACACCAUCCAAUGCAUUGAGCAGCCCACUGAAAGUGAGACGACCUAGACCUUGGUACUUCACAGGGUCUGGAGGAAGACAGGAGAAGCUGAGUGCUUACAGCACUGCUCAGAAUGAACAUGGUCGCCCUACUCCACCGUGCCUUACACUGGCAACCCAAGUGUCCUCCAUCAACCUUCUGGAUUUUAACUCUCCUCCUGUCCUCAUUUAGAACUCCUUACCCCCCACCCCCACCCCCAGCACGUUCACUUACUCUCUGCAGCCAGGUCUCGACUGAGAAAAGCGGCAUCCACAUCUUCCAGUAGCACCAGGCUCUGCUGCGGGGCCACACUCAGCAGGUGGUUGAGCCGGUCAUCAGACAGGCUAGAGUCCGUGAGACUCAGCAGACAGAUGCUGUGUUCCAGUUCUCCAGCCAGGGCUGUG